AUGAUGAACUUGAAUGCAUCGCUUGCCAACCACCAAAGUUUCGUUCUGACAGGUAUCCCUGGCAUGCCAGACAAGAACCCAUGGCUGGCUUUUCCCCUGGGACUGCUUUAUACACUAACACUUCUGGGAAACAGUACCAUCCUAACUGUCAUCAAGGUGGAUCAGAGUCUCCACGAGCCUAUGUACUACUUCCUUUCUAUCUUGGCCAUCACUGACGUCAGUCUCUCCAUGUCCACCUUGCCCUCCAUGCUCAGUGUCUUCUGGUUCAAUACCCCAGAGAUUUCCAUUGAUGCAUGCAUCACACAGAUGUUCUUCAUUCAUGUAUUUGGAAUAGCAGAAUCAGGAGUCCUAGUGUCCAUGGCCUUUGACAGAUUUGUGGCCAUCCGAGACCCACUACGCUAUGCUUCCAUCCUCACCCAUGAUGUUAUUGUAAAGAUUGGAAUAGCUGCCUUCACCCGGGCAAUCUGUGUAGUCUUCCCUGCACCCUUCCUUAUAAAGCGGCUACCCUUCUGCCAAUCCAAUAUCUUGUCUCAUUCAUACUGUCUUCACCAAGAUGCAAUGAGGCUAGCCUGUGCCAGCACCCGCAUCAACAUCCUAUAUGGCCUCAUUGUUGUCAUCCUCACUCUGGGGCUUGAUGCCAUUGUUAUCCUCUUGUCCUAUGUCCUUAUCCUAAAGACUGUGCUGGGCAUUGCCUCCAAUGCUGAAAGGCUCAAAGCCCUCAACACCUGCUUCGCUCACAUUUGUGCUAUGCUCCUCUUCUAUGUUCCUCUUAUUGGUGCCACCAUGAUCCACAGAUUUGGGAAGCAUUUGUCACCAGUCGUGCACACGCUCAUGGCCAAUAUCUACCUGCUACUCCCGCCUGUGCUAAACCCCAUUGUCUAUAGUGUGAAGACCAAACAGAUACGAAGACGGAUCAUCCAAAUGUUCCAGUGGAAAAGGAACAAAGCCUAA